CACAGCAGCAGCAGCAGCAGCCGCCCCAGCAGAGCGGCGGCCAUUACAUUACGCGGCUAGAAUAAUCUUCAAUCUCGUCGGCGGCAGCAGCGGCGGCCGCAGCGGCAGCAGCCGCCGCGGCCGCAGCCAUGUUACCCAUGCUGCAUCCGAAUCCGUCCUCCUCCUCCUCCCCGACGCCCUCGUGCUCGUCCAGCUCCUCCUCCCAUCAGCCGCCGCUUCACAAUCCGCACGCACACCAUCACCCGCAUCACCACGCCCACCUCAAUGCGCAUCUGCACGGGGGCGUCCCGGGCGCGCUGUCCUCCCCGCCGCCGGCCAAGGUGUCGGCCGAGCUGGUAUCGGGGCUGUCGCACCAUCUUUCCAUCCUUUCGUCCUCCGCCUCCUCGCCGAACUCCUCCUCCACCUCCUGUGCUACGGCGUCGCUGGGCCAUCGGCUUCAGCCGCCCCACCAUCUGUCGCACAACCUGCACGACCAUCACCAUCACUAUCUGCAACAUCACCACCAUCAGCAGCAAGAGCAGCAGCAGCAGCAGCAACAACAACAGCAGCAGCAGCAGCAGCAACAACAACAGCAACAACACCAGCAACAGCAGCGCCAUCUACAUCCUGCGCUGGGAUCGCCCCGGCUGUCGCCACUGCACGGCAGCUCCCUGCUCGACCAGCACGCGAGCGCCUGCAGCAUCCCGGGCAGCAUCCACAGCAGCCUAGCGACCCAUCCCACCCACCAGGACAGUGGCCAGCUCGGGUACCACGGGCAUGGCAAUACACACGGCCACCUGUUCCGGUCGUCGUACCGGUCGCUGUUUCGCCAUCCCGAGACGGCAACCAUCGCUGCGCUGCGAUCGUGCAGCUCUCCCACCCACCCGCCACUUGCUACACCUACUUCAGCACCUCCCCCUCCUCCUCCUCCUCCUCCUCCGCCGCCUCCUCCUCCUGCUCCUCCGCCGUCUGGGUCCGGUUCGGGGGGUUCAUCUUCCGCAGCAGGGGCGAACCCGGAGCAAAACACUGACGGUGGGCCCACUAUCGCUGGUCCACCCUAAAGGCAGGCACGAAAACAGCAAUAGGCCACUGGGAGAUUUGUUUUGUUACACUUCAACUGGCAAACGGGUCGGCGACAAGUCUCGCAAUAGAAAUGGUAACACACGAAAUAUGAAUUAUGAAUAGUUCGAAUCCGACAACUGAUAAGCACCGGUGUACCGUUGAUACAUAUUGACAAACAGCGCAACGGUACGAACGCGGCCUGCUAGUGCCGUGGGUAAGCACAUGGCCUGCCACAUCGUAGUUCGCGCGUUCAAAUCCCAGCCCGCAUUCACGACGGUGCACGGACGAAUAUAGCAAUAGUUUGAUGUUUAUUAUAUUGUGCAGCAACGAUCAUAUUUAAGCGUAGGAGAAUAGAAGGUGUUUAUGUCUCUGUUGAUACCACACAUAUCUUCCAAUUAUCAAGAAGAAGAAGAAAUAAAAAACAGAAUUUUAGGGGCAUGAGUAUCUCAAUACUGAUUAAUUUCUGUCAACUGACAUUGUGCUCAACCAAUUUGUGUUGUUGGUGUGUGGUAUGCUGCAAGAUAUGAUGCCAACCCGUGGGCCAGUUUUGUGGGUGCAAAAACGAAUUAUAGAGGGGCUAGCAGAUACGAAUUUAGAAAGCAAAAAAUAUGAUAUAUAUUUAAAAACAGCAUUGUGUUGUGGUAAAGGAAACGAGGCCGAAACACGGCAGUAAAAACACAAUAAUCGAAGAAGAUUCUGUUCUAAAUGAACAAAACACACACACACACACAAACAGAAAAAAAAACAGAAUAACAACGCACACACACAGAGUGGAAAAUCAUGUGGAUAGCUCGUAAACAAAGCAAGAAGAUAAGUAAAAAAAAACAACCCCCAAUUGUGAUAAUACCGUAAUACGUGUUAAUUAAAAAAUUGCAUAUAAACAAAUUAAAAGCAUACGAAUUACUCCCGUGUAUAUGGUAUAUGUAGGAUUGUACAUUCGACCUUAACGCUGUGUGUUGUUUUUUUUUACUUUACCUUUCCUUUUGUUUUUGCUCCCCAUUUCGGAAUCAAAAUCGGCUGCCAUACUGCCCUUUUUGUUGUUGUUGCAAUUUUGGUUGUAUCAUUUUCGCGAAUGCGCCUACCCCAGCAGCACGUUUAUUUGUUUUUUAGCGUUAAAAGGCAGCUAACCAGCGCUGAAAUGGGCUGAACUCUCUUUCCUCCGUAUCGGACGGAAGCGCCCGUACCAGCGGGUGUGGCGCCGUGGUUUUAGCGAUUAAAAUUGCUCAAGUUUCUACAUGAACACACUAUACAUUACAUUACAACUACGGACGGCCUCAAUGUAGCGGCGAUAGGAGCAGCAUUUUUAGUGGUUUUUGUUUUGAGUUUUAAAUGAUUAUUCGUAACACACGAGAAAUGGCCCAUCGAUAAUCGCGCCAGAAAACUUCGUUUUCUUCCCCCACCCCCGUCGGGGCUGUUGCAGAACCGGGCGGUGGCACACUCAAAGAGUCGUACGGUCGCCGUAGGCCAGCAUAGUAGCUACGUUUUGUUUUUUUUUUGCAAAGAGAGCACCACAUGGAAGGAAAAAAAGCAGCUAUAAUCUCUUGUUACGCUAUUUAUUCUACGCAUUAGUGUGAGGCCAAGCCAAAUCGCCCCACUGCAAAGCCGGCGAAACGGCGAAACGAAUGCAUUUGGGACGAAUAAUGAAGGCAAAAGGGCCCACCGGCCCCGCGCGAUAUGGCUGCUGCACUUGUUGCACCGAUAAUAAAAUGAUGAUGUAUGUGCAGUUUUUAACUCCAGAGCGGCAGUGGGCAAGAGGCAAUUUUAAGUAGAUGAAUUGCAACAGAAGACGAAGAAAAUGAACAAAAAAAAAGAAAUAAAAACAAAGAGAACAGGGCAAAACAUUUAGCGACGCAUUUACUACUUUCAAAGUAAAAUAACAAUCGCAGAAUUAUCGCCGGUUAAGGGGGGGGGGAGGGGGGGAGGGGAGCGUGAAACAGCAUUUUUCACAAAUUGACUGAAAACAAACGGAAAGCAGAAAAUAAAUGCACUAAAUGGAUGAAAUCAUGUAUCGAUUUUAGUUAUUUUGUACUUUGUACAACAGGGCAGUAAAAGAGUAAAAAAACACAAACACACACACACCACUGGCCGGUGGUGUACUGAGCAGUGCGGGGAAAAUUACAACCAGUGGAAAUAAUAAUCUAGAAGGAGAAGCAAUAAAUGAAGCAAGCAUAGUUUGAAAAACAAAGGCUAGAAUCGAAUAAUGGGAAGGGGGAAGCCAGUGACUAAGAGAAAGGCGUUACAAUUGUUUAACAGUGAAGCAAAUAAAAAGCAAGCAAACAAAACAACACUAUCGGUGGAAAAAAUAACGAAUUUUGUGAACAGAAAAUAGCAAGCAACACAAACGAACCUAACAAAAACGUGUCAUACGCAAUAUACCAGAAAAGAGAAGAAAAAAAAAACGAUUAACACACUCUCACACACA